UUCGUCGCGUUUGGUUACGACAUUAAAACAACUGGCGCAAAUUUGUCGCCGGAGGAGAAACAUUCCAAUUUUGAUUUGCCGUCGUCUGUUGUCGCCAUUGGAAUCAUGAAAAACUGGCUAAAGAUCUCCCUGCUGCUAUGCACCUUUGGAUUCUUCCGGGAACUUCGGCCCUCUGAGCCGUAUGUCUCGGAAUAUUUGGCCGGGGACUAUGGCAACCUGACCUCGGAGCAGAUCUACCAGGAUGUCUACCCCUUUGGCACCUACUCUGUGCUGGCCCAGCUGGUCAUCGUCUUUCUUAUCACCGAUCUGGUGAGGUAUAAGCCAGUCAUAGUUCUCUCCGCGCUGGCCGGGAUCGUGCUCUUCUCCAUGCUGCUGUGGACCGGCACUGUGCAGAUGUUGCAGGUGGCCCAGCUAUUCUUUGGAUUCUUCACGGCCGCCGAGGUGGCCUACUACACGUACAUGUACGCCAAGGUGGACAAGGAGCAGUAUCAGAUAGUGACAGGUCACACGCGGGCCGCUAUUUUGAGUGGAAAAUUCCUAGGCGGCUUGUUAGCCCAGAUCUUGGUGUCCACUGAGAGCAUGAACUUCCGGGAAUUGCACUACAUCUCGUUGGCCACACAAUUGAUCUCCUUGGCUGUGUCUCUACUGCUGCCCGGAGUUCCGCGGAGUCUCUACUUUUAUGCGGCCUCCGAAAAAGAGCCACCAGCACCUGGUGGGGAAGUCCAGACAGCGAAAUUCUCGGUCACCAACGCCUUUCGCCUGCUGUGGUUCCACCUUGUCACCUCCUACUCUAAUCCCGUGGUGCUGCAGUGGAGCCUGUGGUGGGCUCUCGCCACGUGCGGCCAAAUACAGGUUAUAUCCUACAUCCAGUUCCUGUGGAAAGAGAUAGCUCCGGAUAACCAGAGCCUGUACAAUGGCGGCGUUGAGGCCUUGGCCACUCUGCUGGGAGCCAUUGGCGCCAUCCUGGCAGGACUUUUAAACUCGAAUAAGCGCCGUAGUGCCUAUAUGCUGGGCAUAUCCAUCUGUGCCGCUGUCCUCGGAGCUUUGCUCAUCUAUGCGGCGCGGACCCAAGAAAUCUGGGUGGUCUAUGUCAACUAUGUGCUCUUCUGUGCUGUGUUCUUCUUCAUCAUCACCGUGGCCGGAGCAGUGGUGGCCGGCAACCUGGUCGAGGACAGUUUUGGUUUGAUCUUUGGCAUUAAUACUCUGGUGGGUCUAUUGCUCCAGACCAUCCUGACCAUUGUGGUUGUGGAACCCGUGGGAUUUGGUCUGGGACCAAGGGAUCAGUAUGUGGUCUACGGUAGUUAUUUCCUAAUUCUGGCUGGGAUCUAUAUAAUAAGCAUAGUUUUUGUUAAGCUAUGUGGCAGGAGGAAGGUUUCCAAUGAUGGUAAUGUGGCUUACUUGACGUAACGACUGUUUUGAAUUUAUUAAAUUAUAAAUAAAUAGUUGGUUAAGAUUUUAUAAAACAAAAUAGAUUUUGUAAAUAGAAACCUUGUAAAAUACUUGUUGAAGUUAACUGAAAAAUAACCGCUAGGAAAAUGUAAUUAUAUAUAAUGGAAAAAUCCUUCUUUCAAGAAAAUUUUCUUGAAAAUACAUAAA